AUGAGUCUGGACGACCUGCACACGGAGACGGCCGAGUACCCGCUCCACGACGCCGCCCGUGAGAAUGACUUGGCGGCCUUGGAGCGCGCACUGGCGUCGACGCCCAUCGAUGCGCUGGACCAGUACAAGCUCACGGCGCUGCAUUGGGCGUGUGACCGCGCGCAGCCCGACGCCGUCGCGUGGCUGCUCGCCCACGGUGCCGAUGCCAAUGCCGUCGAGCGGAGGCUCUUCAAGCGCCGGCCGCUUCACUUUGCAGCACUUGGCGACGCGAGCUCGAGUAGCAUUGUCUCGAUGCUGUUGGCCCACGGCGCGGACCUCGAGGCCACCGACCAUUAUGGCCGCGCGGCGCUCCACUGCGCCGCCCACAGCGGCAACAUUCCGGUGCUAUCGUGUCUUCUCGAGCACGAAGCCAACGCGAGAGCAACGACGUCGAUGGGUCAAACGGUGCUCCAUGUUGCAGCUGUGAACGGCCAAAGUCCGGCCGUGGCCUUCUUGGGAGAGAGGCUGCCCGACAUCGUUGCCUUCGUGGAUGCGAAUGGGCGAACCGCCAUGGACCUCGGCGCUGUGUGGCUACCGCGCUCUGCCACUGAAUCAAACGGCCACCAGUACUAGUUGAAUAUAUCUCUCGUCCUCA